GAGCCAGAAAAAGUGCUGUAAAUGGUGCAAAGUUUGGUCCUCCACCCGCACAAAAACAUUGUCGCUUGAAUUUAUUUAAAUGUAGCUCCCGGUACGAGCAAUUGAACCAAUCGAUAUGACCUACGACGAACGCAGUAGUGAUGGCAGCAGCUCCAGCGAAACACAUGAUUCCUUCGCCCACCUGCUGGCAACCAAGCAGGGCCAAUCCCAGACGCCGGCCACAGCGAUGCCCAAGCACAUUCCCUUCCCGGAGCACGCCACCACAUCCGAGUGGCUCAGCGAACUCAUCAUGUGCGCCUUCACCAUGGGUUCGGCCAUCGUACAGUUCAUCAACAUCUACAGAACCAACUGGUGGCUGCCACAGGCGCACACCAGGCACAUGGUGAACAUCGAGCUGAUCGAUCCUUAUCUGCGCUAUCUACUGCUCAUACUCAAUACGCGGAGACUGAUUUACUGCUUGCUGCUGGUGAAGAUCAGGAAAGGAAACGAGAAGAGCCGGCAUCUUAUCCGACUGGGAAUCAAGUACGGAUUUGGAGGCCUUGUUCAGCUAUCCUUAGGUUUCUGCGCUAUGAAACUAUACCAGCAGCACACAUACAUUCUCCUUCUCUUCCUGUCGUAUCCUGUGGUCAUCUACCUGUUGAUCUUCGGCUUCCAACUUGAGCCCUUCCUGCGCACCAGAUUCGAGCUGCCGGGCGUGUAUAUCAACGACCUACCGGUCCACAGUUGCACCACGAAUCCGGUCAACAUAAGGGACGAAGUGGAGACACUCCGACAUGACUUCAAUAAGCGUUUUAAGCAGCUCAUCUUCACCUCUAUGGUGAAUGCAUACUACACUGGCCUAGUGCCCUGCUGUCUUGCUGUUAGUGUCCAAUACAAUGUGCUCCGAGCAGCCCAGCACUGCAUCAUUGUUUGCCUGGGCGCUUUCAGUCUGUGUGCCGUUUUCCUGUAUCCUGCCAAGUAUAGUGAUACAUUACAUCGGGCUACGUUGCAUUUGGGCUGCUGGCAGCGCAUUGACCGGGAGCCAGCGCCUUCGCAGCUAAUAGUAGCGGCCAGUGCGCUCACCUGGUCGAAAUACUCCUCCUACAACCACGGCACCGUGGUAAAGCACAACGGGGGCCUGUACAGAAGUCAUGGCAUGGUUACCGUGGCCACUCCGGGAAACGCCAGCCACGCUCGAUUUUAUAAACUAUUUCACAAUCCCACCAUAAUUUAUUCCACAUUGGCCAUCCUCCAGGCUGCCGUGCUACUAGUAGAAAUAGGGUCUCUAAGCGCAGAAAGCGUCGAGUGGCACUUUGUCCUCUCCAUCAGCUUCGUCGCCUUCACCAGCAUGGGGGCCUUCUUCAAGCUGGUGCGGGACUACCUCAUCACUAAAGAUCUGUACAAGGCGGAGCACGCCGUGGCGCCCGAUCAACCCUUCCGACAACGCAUGAGAGAUGCAUUUAUGUAGUAACGAUCCAAAGAAUAAUAUAUUAACUUUUAUUCGGCAGAA